AAGAAAAGGGAUUGACGUUGACGUUUUAAUUAUUUUUUAGGAAAAAAUGGCUGGUGCUCUGGUGAGAGUUAUUCAGAGAACAAAAACAAAUCUGGGCAUUGUAGCGCCCCUUGCCAAUGGCAUCAACAAUGUGCCGGUACGCUACCAGCAGAGCCAGGCGCCCCCGGCCAAGUCUAAGUUUGGCCCGCUGGCAGAUAACGACAGAGUCUUCACAAACUUAUACGGCAGACAUGACUGGCGAUUGAAGGGAGCGAUGGCUCGAGGUGACUGGUACAUGACUAAGGAAAUUCUUCUAAAAGGAACUGACUGGAUUGUUAAUGAGCUCAAAACAUCUGGUCUCCGUGGUCGUGGAGGUGCAGGUUUCCCCACUGGAAUGAAAUGGUCAUUCAUGAACAAGCCUUCUGAUGGCCGCCCAAAAUAUUUAGUAGUAAAUGCUGACGAGGGAGAGCCUGGCACUUGCAAGGACCGUGAAAUUAUGAGACAUGACCCUCACAAACUUGUGGAAGGAUGCCUUAUUGCUGGACGUGCUAUGGGAGCCCAAGCCGCAUACAUUUACAUCAGAGGGGAAUUUUACAAUGAGGCCAGCAAUCUACAAGUUGCUAUUGCAGAGGCAUACCAAGCAGGUUUAAUUGGUAAGAACGCUUGCGGUUCUGGCUACGAUUUUGAUGUUUACGUACAUCGCGGUGCCGGCGCGUACAUUUGCGGUGAGGAGACUGCCCUCAUCGAGUCCAUAGAAGGCAAGCAAGGCAAGCCCCGUCUGAAGCCCCCGUUCCCCGCUGACGUGGGCCUUUUCGGGUGCCCCACUACUGUGAAUAAUGUGGAAACUAUUGCUGUAGCCCCUACCAUCUGCAGACGCAGCGGAAAAUGGUUUGCUUCAUUCGGACGGCCCCGUAACUCUGGCACCAAGUUGUUCAACAUCUCUGGCCAUGUGAAUACACCAUGCACCGUUGAAGAAGAAAUGAGCAUACCGCUUAAGGAACUUAUAGAGAGACACGCAGGCGGUGUUUGUGGAGGAUGGGAUAACUUACUGGCUAUUAUACCAGGGGGUUCAUCCACACCGCUGAUACCUAAAGACGUAUGCGAGACCGUCCUGAUGGAUUUCGACGGGCUUGUUGCCGCUCAGACCUCACUCGGCACCGCCGCCAUCAUCGUGAUGGACAAGUCCACGGACAUAGUGAAGGCGAUCGCUCGCCUCAUCAUGUUCUAUAAGCACGAGUCGUGCGGACAGUGCACGCCUUGCAGGGAGGGAGUGUCGUGGAUGAACAAGAUCAUAUACAGAAUGGUCGACGGAAAUGCUUCGCCAAAAGAGAUAGACAUGUUAUGGGAAAUCUCCAAACAAAUUGAAGGACACACGAUUUGCGCCCUAGGUGAUGGUGCCGCGUGGCCCGUCCAAGGUUUGAUUCGUCACUUCCGGCCUGAAUUGGAGCGACGUAUGGAAGCGUGGGCCUCCGCUAACGGGCCCAGUAAGGCCGAACGAUUAUACUAACGUGCCUAACGGGGAAAACAAGCUUCAUACGAGAACUAAAAACCACACCAGAAACAUUCGUACGAGAACUACCAGGAACAUAAUUCUUCCAGAUACAUACAUAAACCGCCUUAUUACAACACGUACACUAAAGUUAAACCAGUACCCUUAGUACGAGUUUUACAAUUACGAAAAAUAUGAUAGUUUUCGUACUCGUACUAAGGGUAUUGAUUUUAUUAUUUUCGUUUCAAUACAAAUAAACAGUUUUUAAAUUCUAUCAUUAAUUCAUUUGCGUCUUCUUAAAUUUUAAUUGUAUUUGGUUACUUUUCACCAAAAUGGACAUAGAAACGUAAUUUACAAUUACGAAAACUAUGAUUGGUUUCGUGAGCUCAAACUCGUACUAAGGGUACAGAAACAGAAACAUUCAUACGAGAACUACUAGGAACAUAAUUCCUCCAAAUACAUCAACCACCUUAUAACAACACGUAAACUAAAGUUAAACUUAAACUAAAACUGAUGCUGUCACUAUUGUUUGCUAAAAACAAGACGGAGACAACAUUAGGUUUAAACCAAGACUAGAUCUCACCGAACAAACUUAGGCAAGAAAUUUUGGACACAAACACCAGAUAUUGGCCAAAUCCUGAGAGAGCCAUCACUGAAGAAAUCCAAGACUAACUCUACUCCGCGUUUUGGAAUAAGGCGGAUAGAGCUCGUAUUGAAAUGAUUCUCAAAAAUUAAUAAGCGAUCGUUUAUAUAUUUUCCAUAAUCAAGCAUCGUCCCAAUUCAUCGCGAUUAUGUAACUCAUCAAAUACAAUUCUAUGUGUUGAAUUCAUAUUUUUGGAAUCUGUGCUGAAUUGCGAGUAAAGUUCACGCGUAUUUGCUGUAAUCGUUUUUAGACCAGGACGAUGCUUAUUAACCUUUCUCAGAAACGUCUAAUUAUUUUAAUGCUUCAUUAUGUCACGUGUUGUUUCAUUCUAUUGUUAUGAAGUAUUGACUUUAGUCAAACAUAAAAGUUUCUCUAAACUGACUUCAGACAGAUGAACUAAAAAGUUCAUCUGUAAGACAAUCAAUAAAUGGUUACAAAUCUGAUUUUUUUUAUUGGGUGUUUUAUGUAUAUCUCGGAUAAAGGGCCCAUGGCGACAUGCGAAACCUUAGUAACAUCAUUUUGACUUAAUUGAUUUCUUUCUAUACUCCCACGUUCUCGCUUAAUGAGCGUUUUGUUUCCAAUGAAAUUGUUCAAUACACGUGUACAAUAUUCUACGCAGUAUAACGUUAAUUGCUGUCUUGCAAAAAAAAUAUGAUCCAUAGUUCUCAGUAUUGUAAAUCCCGAAA